AUGACUCGUCUGCGUGGGCGAGAAGAUGGUGAAGUGAAGGAAGGGGAGAGAAGAGAGAAUUGUGUUGAGAACCUGACGCCAGCUGGCGAAUCUGUCAGCCGGGUGCCAUUGAAUGCUUCUGACAGAGACUUGGCUGAGAGUUUGCCUCUGAUCAGGGACAUCCUUAACCGCAAUGAUCCCUCGAAAGCCCCCCCCACUGGUGUUGCACCAACACACCCGGCACCUCCUUCUACUCCCGUCCAAUCUGCCUCCGAUGGUGGGUCUCAACCAGUGAGUCUCUUUUUUUGCGUCCUUUUUCUGAUCGAUAAGAAGAAUCUGACCCAUUUGUAA